UAAAUAGCCAAAAACUUACCACUUCCACACGGAUAGGGAGGAUAACUAUUAACAGUUAUUUAACCUUUAACAUGAACAUGAAUCAAACUUUUUUCUGGGUACAUGAUACCAUACAGCAUCCAUAUCAAACUUGCGCGGGCCGCACUAACAUUAAACUUUCAUAUCAAGGCGGGGGCCUCAAACUAGUGUCCUGCGGGCCACAGUUGGGCUGCAUGUUUGAGACCCCUGGUCUUGAGACACAUGCUAACUCGCAAACUAGAGCGCUAGCGACCUAAACGGUAGCCUUCAAGUUAUUUCCUUUCAACUUAAAUAGCCAAAAACUUACCACUUCCACACGGAUAGGGAGGAUAACUAUUAACAGUUAUUUAACCUUUAACAUGAACAUGAAUCAAACGUAAUAAUUUUUUCUGGGUACAUGAUACCAUACAGCAUCCAUAUCAAACUUGCGCGGGCCGCACUAACAUUAAACUUUCAUAUCAAGGCGGGGGUCUCAAACUAGUGUCCUGCGGGCCACAGUUGGCCUGUGGGCCGCGUGUUUUAGACCCCUGGUCUUAAAACACAUGCUAACUCGCAAACUAGAGCGCUAGCGACCUAAACGGUAGCCUUCAAGUUAUUUCCUUUCAACUUAAAUAGCCAAAAACUUACCACUUCCACACGGAUAGGGAGGAUAACUAUUAACAGUUAUUUAACCUUUAACAUGAACAUUAAUCAAACGUAAUAAUUUUUUCUGGGUACAUGAUACCAUACAGCAUCCAUAUCAAACAUUAAACUUUCAUAUCAAGGCGAGGGCCUCAAACUAGUAUCCUGUGGGCCACAUUUGGCCCGCGGGCCGCGUGUUUGAGACCCCUGCAUUAGAGUUUCCACAUUUUCCAUUGUUCAAACAUUCCAAAAAUUCCCAGUUUUACCUCACCAUUAACGUAAACAGCAUUUGUUCACAUUUCUCAACCAAUUUCUAACCACUGCAACUUAAAUUUCACCUUUCUGGUCUUUUUUGCAAAGCAUCCCACCCGAGGACGACAUGGCUUGCUUCAUCCUGUGUUAGCGUGGACAUUCGUGGACAUAUGUUUAGCCCCCCUGGUGAAGCAGAAUCCCUGGAAUGCAGAUGAAGGCCAUUUCUGGGCUGAAACUGUGUCUCUUAUUGCUAACAGGUGCAGUCAUGUGGCAGAGCUUCCCAAUUUGCUGCGCCCUGUUUGGAUUGUACGCAGCGGCGGCGCCGCCCGCUCACAUCAACCGCCUGGCGCUGUUCCCCGACAAGAGCGCCUGGUGCGAGGCCAAGAACAUCACGCAGAUAGUCGGGCACACGGGAUGUCAGCCUCGCUCCAUUCAAAACAGAGCAUGUCUGGGCCAGUGUUUCAGCUACAGCGUCCCCAACACGUUCCCACAGUCCACCGAGUCUCUGGUGCACUGCGACUCCUGCAUGCCCGCCCAGACCCAGUGGGAAGUGGUGACUCUGGACUGCCCGGGUAAUAACGAGACUCCCCGCGUGGACAAGCUGGUGGAGAGGAUCUUCCACUGCAGCUGCCAGUCCUGCAGUAAAGAAGGCGUCCAGGAGGGGGCGACGAUGCAGCUCUAUCCCACAGACAACAGCCUGGAGCCUCCAUCUUUACCCGACGCGCUCAUUGAGGCUCAUUCUCGCCCACCUCCACCCAGUGCAGAUAGCCACCCCAAGCACGCUCACGCCGGGCGUCACCACCCGCUUCCACACACAUCCGACGGAGGGUAGGUCCCCUGAAUCCGCCCCCCCCCACCCCCCACCCCACCAGGCACUCUCCUUGCUAUUUGUGUAGUGUUGCAGAAGCACUUUGACUAUAUGGUUUCACGUGUGUGUUUAAAUCUUUUUUUCUGGAGUGAAACGGCGUUGUUAAUAACAAGACACCAGCCUAUAAAUGCACUGCUUUGUCUUUGUUUGCAUGCGUAUCCACCAAAUGCCACUCUGGUCUGUUCAUAAACUGGUCACAUUAUUUUUAAUCCGCAAUAAAUUCAGUUCUUACCAUAACUUCA